AUGCCAUUUACUCUACAUUUCCCUGCGACUUCGAUCCAUCCAGAAUCGCCUGGAUCUGAAUUCGCGACCGACAUCGACUCCUCACUGGAGGCGAAAUGGACAUCACUUUUUGACAAUUCUACAAUAAUGGCGCAAGCUGGAACGGACACACCCUCCACGGCUAGCUCUACUCCUGCUACCAGUGAUAUCUCCAUCGGACAACGAAUGAUAUCUGCGACAGCUGGCAACAUCUUCACCGGGUUGCUUGGUAAGUAUGAUGACAUCAAGGAUCAGAAUAUACGCUCAUUCUCAGCAGUUACUCCCCUAGAUGUUGUUCGAGUUCGCCUCCAAUCUCAGAACACUCUCAAUGCUUCGCAAUAUACCUCUCACACCACCCAUACCCUGAAGAACCUCCCGCCGAACCUAGGAAUCACGGCGUGUUGUCGUGAGGUAUUUUGGGUGGGAGAUAAUGUACAAAUGUGUAUGAUGGGCCCCCAAUCCGAAGCAAUUGGGGCACAGGCACGCCCAGCGAUAGACUGUGCCGUCGAAGAAUCACAGCGACGGACCUUCACAUCGACCAUUGACGGGCUAAGGAAGAUUGCUCGAAAUGAAGGAUUCCGGACGCUGUGGCGAGGUCUCAGUCCGACUUUGAUGAUGGGUGUGCCGGCCAAUAUUAUAUAUUUCGCCGGCUACGACUGGAUGCGUACCGAUGAUCGGAGUCUGGUGAAACACCAUGUUCCCGAUGCAUAUGCACCGUUCAUAGCUGGUGCCAUCGCGCGAACUGCGGCAGCGGCAGCGACGAGUCCAGUUGAGAUGUUUCGGACUCGUCUCCAGGCCACUCCUGGCACCGGAGCGGGUCAUUUCAAGGCCACUCUCCAGGAAUUGUACAAAAUGACGCAGGCGAAAGGAUACACCUCCCUUUGGCGUGGUCUGUCACUUACGAUGUGGCGCGACGUGCCAUUUUCAGGUCUAUACUGGUGGGGAUAUGAAAAGGUGAAGCAUGGCCUUGAGACAGCACGUCAGAAAGCGCCCCAUCUCUCCCAUACCGACCCCGAUCACUCCUCAUCCGCCACAGCUUUCCUCGAUAGCUUCAUCGCCGGUGCAUCCUCUGGAGCAGUGGCAGCAUUUGUCACAACACCCUUUGAUGUCGGCAAGACCAGACAACAAGUCUUCCGGCAUAUUGAUGAUCACAUACCGGCCGGCAAGCCACAACCAUCACUCCCGUUCAACAAAAUAGUUCCCGAGAAACUCUCUCUUCCCAAAUUCCUCCUGCAUAUCUUCCGCGAGGAAGGAACUGCGGGUCUUUUCAGUGGCUGGUCAGCACGCUGUCUCAAGGUAGCACCGGCCUGUGCCAUUAUGAUCUCAACUUACGAACUCGGAAAGCGCAUGGCAAGAGAGGUUAACGAGCGACGACACACAGAAAACUCUUGA